ACCAUGUCAUUAAAGGUACCAAAACCUACCUUUCCCUCUCCCUUUUCAGCUAUAAAUAGACAUUGCCAUGCGGUCGAAUGAAGUCAAUCCAGAAGCAGAAAUUUAUCAGCAUUUUUAUUCUUCUGAGUUGUUAUUUGUAACCUUGGCAAAAUGGCGGCAAAGUUCAACAAUAUUGAAACUCAGGUGCCGGAAUCUGACACUGAUAUGAACAUCCCUGGAAUCCAAACCCAGGCGAUUGUGCAAUCACUCUACAGUGCAUUGGCUCAUGGGGACAUGGACACCGUGUCCAAGCUUUUAGCAAGUGACCUGGAAUGGUGGUUCCAUGGACCUCCAAAAUGCCAAUACAUGAUGAAGCUGCUCACUGGGGAGUCGAGCCAGGCCACGUUCAAGUUCGAGCCAAGAAGCAUAGAUAUGGUUGGCGAUUCGGUCAUUGCUGAGGGAUGGGAAGGAGCAAAAGCUUAUUGGGUGCACGUAUGGACUGUGAAAGAUGGUCUGAUAACACAAUUCCGAGAGUACUUCAAUACAUGGCUCACCGUGAGGGACCUGCGGCCACCGCGUUGGGAAAUUAGACAAGUGAACCACACUUUGUGGCAGAGCCAGCCGCGGGAUCUUGCACGCCGCUCGUUGCCUGGCGUUUUGCUUGCAAUUUAGUGGCUGAAGACAAGACAGGCCCUAAAAUGAAUCAAUGGACCUACCUGAUUAGAUUAUCUAUAUUUUGUGAUGUAAAUUAUGUGAAUGUGACCAAUGUAUUACUGCAUUUGGGCUUUUAGAAUUAUCGUUAACGAGAAAGGUGGCUUAGUGAUUAUCUUCUUAAAACUUGAAAAUUACUAACAGUGGAUAUCCUGAGGACUAAACAAGUUGAUUCGCAGAUUCGGCUGACGGGUUUUCACUUUCAGGGCCAUGAGUCUGAUAUGGCGGCAACUGUCAAUUACGAACAAAAAGCAGAAUAAAUAAUA